CUCUGCUCGCUCAGCUCAGCUCAGCUCAGCGCAGCUGCCAAGCCAAAGCAGGCAGGGUCUCGUGGCUCCGAGCUCCCGCUUCCCGCCCGGGCUCCGCCAGGUCUUGCUUCCACGGGGACCCCUUCGGGCAGGAGUUGCGUUGCAAGGGCCAGCGGCAGCGACACAAAGUUGGGGGCCCGCGAGGAUGAGGCUGUCCUCGGUGCCCCUGAGGCUGAGCCGGAGUCCAGCACUGCUGGCCCUGGCGCUGCCCCUGGCCGCGGCACUGGCCUUCUCCGACGAGACCCUGGACAAAGUGCCCAAGUCGGAGGGUUACUGCAGCCGCAUCCUGCGCGCUCAAGGCACGCGGCGCGAGGGCUACACCGAGUUCAGCCUCCGAGUGGAGGGCGACCCUGACUUCUACAAGCCGGGAACCAGCUACCGAGUGACACUUUCAGCUGCUCCUCCCUCCUACUUCAGAGGAUUCACACUAAUUGCCCUCAAAGAAAACAGAGAGGGUGAUAAGGAAGAAGACCAUGCUGGGACCUUCCAGAUCAUAGAUGAAGAAGAAACACAGUUUAUGAGUAACUGCCCUGUCGCGGUCACGGAAAGUACCCCACGGAGGAGGACACGGAUCCAAGUGUUCUGGAUAGCGCCUCCAGCAGGGACGGGCUGUGUCAUUCUAAAGGCCAGCAUCGUACAGAAACGCAUCAUUUAUUUUCAGGAUGAGGGCUCUCUGACCAAGAAACUUUGUGAACAAGAUUCCAUGUUUGAUGGGGUGACUGACAAGCCAAUCUUAGACUGUUGUGCCUGUGGGACUGCCAAGUACAGACUCACGUUCUAUGGGAACUGGUCUGAGAAGACACACCCAAAGGAUUACCCUCGUCGGGCCAAUCACUGGUCUGCGAUCAUUGGCGGAUCCCACUCCAAGAACUACGUGCUGUGGGAGUACGGAGGGUAUGCCAGCGAAGGCGUGAAGCAAGUGGCAGAAUUGGGCUCACCAGUAAAAAUGGAGGAAGAAAUUCGACAACAGAGCGAUGAGGUCCUCACCGUCAUCAAAGCCAAAGCUCAGUGGCCAGCCUGGCAGCCUCUCAACGUGAGAGCAGCACCCUCGGCUGAAUUUUCCGUGGACAGGACACGCCACUUAAUGUCUUUCCUGACCAUGAUGGGCCCCAGCCCUGACUGGAACGUGGGCCUGUCUGCAGAGGACCUGUGCACCAAGGACUGUGGCUGGGUGCAGAAGGUGGUGCAAGACCUGAUCCCUUGGGACGCAGGCACGGACAGCGGGGUGACCUAUGAGUCACCCAACAAGCCCACCAUUCCUCAGGAGAAAAUCCGGCCCCUGACCAGUCUGGACCAUCCUCAGAGUCCUUUUUACGAUCCAGAGGGCGGGUCCAUCACUCAAGUAGCCAGAGUUGUCAUCGAGAGGAUCGCCCGAAAGGGGGAGCAGUGCAAUAUUGUGCCUGACAACGUGGAUGAUAUUGUAGCCGACCUGGCUCCAGAAGAGAAAGAUGAAGAUGACACCCCUGAAACCUGCAUCUACUCCAACUGGUCCCCGUGGUCCGCCUGCAGCUCCUCCACCUGCGACAAAGGCAAGAGGAUGCGGCAGCGCAUGCUGAAGGCACAGCUGGACCUCAGUGUCCCCUGCCCUGACACCCAGGACUUCCAGCCCUGCAUGGGCCCCGGCUGCAGUGAUGAAGAUGGUUCCACCUGCACCAUGUCGGAGUGGAUCACCUGGUCGCCCUGCAGCAUCUCCUGCGGCAUGGGCAUGCGGUCCCGGGAGCGGUACGUGAAGCAGUUCCCAGAGGACGGCUCCGUGUGCAUGCUGCCCACCGAGGAGACGGAGAAGUGCACGGUCAACGAGGAGUGCUCCUCCAGCAGCUGCCUGAUGACCGAGUGGGGCGAGUGGGACGAGUGCAGCGCCACCUGCGGGAUGGGCAUGAAGAAGCGGCACCGCAUGGUCAAGAUGAGCCCGGCGGAUGGCUCCAUGUGCAAGGCGGAGACUUCUCAGGCAGAGAAGUGCAUGAUGCCAGAAUGCCAUACCAUCCCAUGCUUGCUGUCCCCGUGGUCCGAGUGGAGCGACUGCAGCGUGACCUGUGGGAAGGGCAUGCGGACCCGCCAGCGGAUGCUCAAGUCUCUGGCGGAGCUUGGGGACUGUAAUGAGGAGCUGGAGCAGGUGGAAAAAUGCAUGCUGCCUGAAUGCCCCAUUGAUUGUGAGCUCACUGAGUGGUCCCAAUGGUCGGAAUGUAACAAGUCAUGUGGGAAAGGCCACAUGAUUCGAACCCGGAUGAUCCAAAUGGAGCCUCAGUUUGGAGGCGCGCCCUGCCCAGAGACUGUACAGCGAAAAAAGUGCCGCGUCCGGAAAUGCCGAAACCCAUCCCUGCAGAAGCUGCGCUGGAGAGAGGCCCGAGAGAGCCGGAGGAGUGAGCAGUUGCGGGAAGAGUCCGAUGGGGAGCAGUUCCCAGGCUGCAGGAUGCGCCCGUGGACAGCCUGGUCGGAGUGCACCAACCUGUGCGGAGGCGGGAUUCAGGAACGCUACAUGACUGUAAAGAAGAGGUUCCAAAGCUCCCAGUUCACCAGCUGCAAAGACAAGAAGGAGAUCAGAGCCUGCAACGUUCACCCUUGUUAGCAAGGGGCCAAGUAUCCAGGGCUGCACUCGAGAUGCCAGACUCAGCAGUGGCUGGGUCAUUUGUUUGCUUGUUUCUUUAAGGCAAUUUAAAUUGUGUACAUUAGUUUCCAUUUCUGCAAUCUCCUUUGCCCAGUAGUCUUGUGGAUGCCAGGGACACCCUUUCUGUAUACUUCUUAGUGGGCACAGGCUGACCAGGGCUCCCUCCUCCUCAGCCGGCACUCCAGCACAGAUGUGGGUAGUGUCAGCCACCCUGUGACAAACGGAAGUGUGUCCCUCUGGAGCAUCCACCUGGGCGCAGGACAGAGACCCAGGCCUCCAUGAAGAGGCAUCUGUGUCUGGAAACAACUCUGCACCUGGUCCCGGGAUGCAGCAGGAAACACGCCCCUCAGAUAGACGGAGCAGGUUCGCUCUCAUCUCUGGCCGCUCUCUUGCAGGAAGCUGUUGUUUGCUCAUCUCUUUUCACUUAGCGGAGCGUUAGGUCCCUUGUUGAGUCCCCUCGGUCAUCAAUAGUUCUUGGGGAAGAUGAGCUGGUAGACGUGAAGAGGGGCGCAGAGGCUGGGUGGCUUUCCUCUUUCGCCGAGAAAUUCUGAAUACAUUUAUCUCGCCUCCUAAACUGGGUCCUAUGCCCCAGAGGAACUGAUGGCUGCUUUAUCUGAAUGUAAGGUCGCCAGUUCUCACACCUGACGUAAAGGGUAACUAAGUCUAGAGAGAAGUGUUCCCUUGUUUGGGGGUUGGUGUUUUUUGUUUGUUUUUGCCACAAUUCUCCUAGGAAGCCAGCCUAUGAGGUUGCCGACCCGACAGCCUCGCUGGAACCGCGGCCAAGGCAGCAAAAGUGGCCUCGCCCGCGGUCUCAAACCGGAGUUUUUAAAAUCUUCCAACACACAUCUAGACUUUUAAGUUUUGAACCAGUUCUAACAUGUUUUACUUACGCAAACAUUUUGCUAAGUUUCCCCGCAGCCCACCAAGCCAUUCCUUCGACAAAAAUACUCUCUGUACUUUAAAGGGGAUUUUUUUUAGUCAUAAAAUCUCACGUGUAGAAAGAGCUUUUCUUUCUUCUGUAGAAAGAAAAGGUGUUGCAAAGACCUUUAGAAGAAAGAUAGAAAUUUAGAAAGAAAAAGAAUAUACAGAAUCCAGUUGGGCAAGAAGAUCAGAUGGGAAGUCAAACCUAGGUCAGCUCUCCACCCUCGGACUCUGGUCCUUGACACACCCUUGGGGGGGCUGUGGUUUUCCAUGCCCUCCCCAGCACUGAGCACACCAAAAUCGGGGAGACUGACUACCAAGGAUUAGUGUAAAAGGACAUUGUACUGAGUUGAGUCCAUCAGCAGUUUUCACUCAUUCAUUUAUUGUUAAAACGUUUUGUGUCUGUUGCAGGUCUUUUUCAUUAUGCUUAAUCCAAAUAAGUGUCAUGGACGAGAUGCAUACAAUGUUUUGAAUACACUAUUUUAAGAAUUUGCAUUAAACACAUCAGGAUAUUUCCAAACACAACAUAUAUAUGUUAUAGCCCUGAAUCUGUAUUAUUUUCUUCAGCCCAAGAGAGACUGUUCAAUAAAAAACUCAUUUGGGUCUGUCUUCUGUGUUUUUACACUAAUUACUUGUUGGUAAGUUUGGGUGUGUUUACAGUUGUUAUAUACACCUCAAUCAUUAUCGGCUAAAGAUUCGGCUUUUGCUCCCUCAUCGUGGAAGGGCCAUUACCACAUCUCUGAGUUCCUGGAGCUUUGUUUCCAGCGUCAUUGUUGUAGGAACAUAAUAUAAAGAAGUAAGGGGGCUUUCUACUUAGACCAAAAAAAAAAAAGUUGUUAUAGAAUCUGCCCACUUUGGCAACAUUACUCUUAGCUACCUAGAGGCAUAUUUACUCUCAACCCAUGAAAAUCAAAGUUCCUGCACAGCCAGUGUG